AUUAGAAAGUCAGCUAUCUCUGGUUUCUUUUUCAAGGCUAUGAAGGCCCCUGAACUGAAAGAGAAGCUUGAGGAGUCUGAAAAGCUGAUCAAAGAGCUAACAGUGACUUGGGAAGAGAAGCUGAGGAAAACAGAAGAAAUCGCACAGGAGAGACAGCGACAACUCGAAAGUAUGGGGAUUUCCCUGGAGACGUCGGGCAUCAAGGUGGGGGACGACAAGUGCUACUUAGUCAACCUGAACGCGGACCCUGCUCUCAACGAACUUCUGGUUUAUUAUUUAAAGGUACGGGAGCCUAUAAAUAGACAGUCGCAAUCCUGAUUCAUUCACGUACAA